GAACUACAGUUCCCACAGUGCGCUGGGGCGUGGCCGCUUUGAUGCCUUCGCCCCCUCCCCCUCCCCCCUUGGUAGGGGCUUCUCCCAAGAUGGCGGCCUCUGCCCGAAGGGGUACGGGGGGUGGGGGUGCAGGCCCCACCGGCUCCCUGGGCCACUGCCUGGCCCAGCUGCAGAAGGGGACCGAGCCGGGGCUCGGCAAGGCCCUGCUGGUCCUCAGGACCCAACACAUCAAGGAGGCGGGGGGCAUUGCCCACUUCAGGGCUCGCGGGGGGCUGGCGCCUCUGCUGGGGGUCUUGGCUGGGGGCCCCCGGCCGCGGCGCACCUUGGACCUCGCCCUCAGCAUCCUAGGCAACUGCUGCACCGAGGGCGACAGCCGCACCCAGGUCCGUGAGCUUGGGGGCAUCCCGCCCCUCGUUACUAUCCUGAAAUCACUUGCUGUGGAAAGCAUCCAGAAUCGAACAGCACGGGCUCUCGGCAAUUUGGCUGUAGACACGGAGAACUGCAAGGCCAUCCAUGAAGCAGGAGCAGUCCCCCCGCUGGUCCAGAUCCUCACCACCUCCCAAGACAGCGAGUGUUUGCAGAGUGUGAUCAGGGCAGUGCGGUAUCUGGCUGACACUCCUGCUCAUCGCCUGGUGUUGGCCCAACAGGGGGCUGUCCGCCCCAUUGCCGAGCGCUUGGCUUCCUCCUUGGAGGACACUGCUUUGAUUGCAGCCGCCGCCCGUGCUCUCCUCGAGCUGACCAAGGGCUGCAGCCACGACUGUGCCGAGCAGCUUGGCCUGGGAGGUGGGGUGGUGCCCCUGGUGGCCUUGGCCAGUCAUGACAAGCGGGCGGUGCGGGAGUCGGCAGUCGCAGCCCUUGCCAACCUCUGCUUGCAGGGCGUGCUGCGACCCGCUGUGGGCAACGCUGGUGGGGUGGAAGUGCUGGUGGGGGAGAUUCGGCGCCGGAGGGGAGCCGGGGCACCUGGCGCUUCCCUCCAUCCACUCGUGAGAGCCCUGUGCCUGCUGUGCCGGGAGGCAAUCAACAGAAGCCGCGUGCGGGAGGCCGGGGGCUUAGAGCUGCUGCUGUCCCUCUUGCGAGACCAGUGCCAGAGUUCUUCCCACGCCCGCGUGGUGGUGGCCUUUGUGGCUUUCUUCUACGAUGAGCAGGCCCUGGAGAUGCUGCAGGCCGGAGGGCUGGUGCCCUUGCUGGUUGGGAGGCUGGCAGCACAGGGGCAAUGGAGAGACCAGGAGCAAGAGGAGGCUGAGGAAGAGGAUGAGGAUUGUGAAGAUGAGCGAGAUGCGGCUUCAUUCGAUUUCCCGGUGGAGGGCCGCCGCGGAGAGCAGGCCACGCCUGGGGCUGAGUCCUCCAGCUUUCAGAGUCUCAGAUCCUGGCUUGUCUCUGAAGGCUAUAUUGCCAGCCCUGGAGACCUUUCCCCACAGUGGUCUCCUGAUACCACCCUUUCUGAACUGGAUGCCCAAGAAUAUGUCAGCCCCAUUCGGGAACCACAAGACGAGCCUCUGGGGACCUGCCAUGCUGCAUCUGGAGUCAAAACCCAACCUGGUGUCGAAUCUCCGGAUUUCUUAGACUCCCCAUUGCUGGAUUUGGCCCUUGCGGCACAGCCAAGUACUUCUGAGGCUCUAAACCCAGCAGAGGGAGCUGGAAUGGAGCAGAGUGUAUGCCCAAUAACAUCGACCAUCUUGGAAGAACCUGAAAGCCUCAAUUCAGCACAGUCACUUUCCUUGGAGACACCAGAUUCAGCUGGGAACAAGGAGCAUGAAAUGGUUGGGACCAGUAAGCAGCAGAAGGGGCUGGUUAUGGCAUUGGAAGCGGCAAAUUUAACCAAGCCUGGUCAGGGACCUCUUGGACAGGAUGAGUUACAGUCGUCUUCGGGGACACCGCCAAAUUCGGUGAUGAUAAAUUCAGUCAAAGGAGAUGAAAAGAUGGAAGGGUCAGUCCAGAAUGCACCGACAACAGACCAGAAUGAACCAGGGACCAGCAGCCAACACUUGGUUUCGACAAUGUUGAUUCCGAGCAAGAAUGACCAAAGCCAGCUGUCGCUCAGGCCUGUCGCCAGAUCACCAAACACAGAGGAGGCCCGCUUGGGCCCCCCGAAGCUGAGCAUUCGGAAUCUCCCGGUUUCUCCUGACGAAUCGAGGCCCCCCACCUUCUGCUGGAAACGCCGUGCCAGGUUCCGGCUCCCCUUUGAGCCAGUGACACCCCCUCAAGCAUCCCGCCUGGCCGGGGAGACGCCAUCUCCACUGCUCUCCUUGGCACUGCCUUUCUCCUUCUCUCUGCAUGGGGGCGACAGAGAGCUCCACGCCCCUGAAGCCCCAGCCCUGCUGCUUCUCUCGCGCUUUUCUCAAGCCGAGGAUCCCAGCCGCAGCUUGGUGACGCCGGCCACACUGCAGGGGCUGCUGCAUUACAUCACGGGGAGCCCUGCCCCCUUGUCCCGCUGCCUCCGGCUGCUGCACCGCCUCACCUGCAACCCCAUCUGCCUGGAGGCCUUUGUCCGCUCCUACGGGCCCUCGCUCAUCCGCUCCUGGCUGAUCCUGGGUGUCUCCCCGGAGCAGGCUGCUGCCACCAUUGCUUCUGAAGAGUCGUGGCCGGGAGCUUCCAUGUAUGUUCGACAGCAUGACAUCAGACGGCUGAAGGAACUUGGUGAGACGCUGCUGAUGAACCUGAGUGUACAAGCUGCAUCCCCCUUCGGUGUGGGAGUCCUCACCCACAUGCUGAUGUCGGGCUCUGAAUCGGACCAGGUCGCCUGUGCGGUUGCCCUGCCCUUGAUCUGCAGGAAGAACGUCACAUGCCGGAGACUUCUCGUGGAGCUUUCUGGCCUGCGUGGCCUCCUCCGUGCCCUUGUGCAGGGCCGUGACCCCCGCAUCGUCUUCUAUGCCUCCGAUUCACUCUUCCUCCUCCUGGGCUCCCAGGCUCCCCCUUCUUCUCCCUGUGUCUCUUCUCCCACCAGGAAGCGGCCCUGCCUGGACUCCCAGGUGCCCUGCCCUUAUCAGCAGCUUGUGAGCGAAGGCAGGGCUGACCUGCACUUCCAGCUUGACUGUGGCACCCUGGUGCCUGCCUCGCGCCAGGCGGUCAGCGAAGCCUCCGAGGUCUUCUGUGCCAUGCUGAGCGGAGGAUUUGCAGAAUCACGCUCCACCACCGUGACGCUUCACGACCUCUCGCUGAAUCCCUGCUUGGCUCUUAUCCAUUUUCUCCAUGGCUGCCGCGGGAAGCCCUGCCCAGUGCUGGGUGUGCGGCUCCACCUCGAUUUGGCGGAACAGAUUUUCAUAGUCGCUGAACAGUAUCUCCUCCCCGAGCUCAAGUCCCUGGUGGAUGACACUGUAUGCCAGGACUUCCUGUGGCCUGGCUCUCUGGGCGAGGUGUACCGCUUAGGCGAACGGCAGAGUCGGCCCUGCCUGCUCCAGCGAUGUGUCACCUAUGCCCUCCGGGAGGUUCCGGACCCUGUCCGGCAAGCUACUGCUUUGGGUGAACUGCUCCAGUCGCCCCGAAAUCCCAGUGGACUGGUUGAGGAGCUGUUUGACACCAUCAUGGAGUCGGCAUGGAACUGUCGUUCUGAAAUCCAGCUGGAUUGAUAGGUUUAUACCCCGGUCUCCUCCCGCUCGUCGUCGGUGCACAGCCGAAGUAUCGGAGCGGAACACACAUACAGGAUGAUAGCCGGAGUGUUAAGAGAAUAAAUGGGCUGAUCCUCAAAGAAGGGUAGUCUGGGUCAGUGGUCAGUCCCAGAGGGGCUAUUGGUUCAAUCUCCUGAGUGAACAGACCUGUGGGGUGGAAGAUGUGGCAGUGUGCACCCCUUGGCAGAGUUGGUUGUGUGUAUAAGGUUGGGUCAAGGUGUUAGCAUAAGGGGAGGGGAAAAGAAGAAGGGAGAUGUUUUGUCAGAAAUGUAAGAUAAUCCUGUUGGCUAAAAGAGGCAGUGGGUGGAUUUAAAUGAAGGGUGGAGAAACCUAGAAACAAAAUGUGGCUUAAAUCUGGCUUAAAAUCAGCAUAACCUUUAUUUGGGGAGACUGUCCUUCUAGGCAAGGACAAGUGAAAAGCCAACCCAGCAUUAUCUUGGGCAUAGCAUAAAUUGGGAGUGGAUGGGGCCCCUUUCUGGUACUGUGCACACCAGGAAGCGGCCCCAGACGGAAACUAUAGCAUGUGUGGGCGGCUUUCUUCUCUACUGGGUGAGAGGACCUCUUUUUCAGCUGGGGACACUAAUGUAUAACUGAAGGAAGCUUGAUCCUUGGCAGUGCAGAGCGGGGUGGGACGAAAAGAGCAAAGGCCCACCGGAAAUCACGCAGCAGCAGCAGCAGCGACCUGCCAGAUGCUGGGAUGUCUCCCUCCUUCCCAGACCUGGGGAUGCAUGGAGAGGAAGAGCCUGUAGGGGGUGCUCUUCUUUAAGGAAAGGAGCUUGAAUUGUGACUCUGGGCUGGAAGGGGCGUGGCCCAAUUGUGCAGAUGGAAUUAUAUUGCAUAUAAGCUACUGUACAUAGAGAAAUACAGACACAGACCUGCUCAAAA